AUGAUUGUGUGGCUUGGUGGUGCUUUGCUCCUAGCCUUUGGGCUCAUUCUCAUCUCUGCCUGGAGAUGGGAACUAAGAAGCCAUGGAGAUGUAAAGUACCCCAAGAGCUUACCUUCAUUGCCUUUCAUUGGGAGUUUACUUCACCUUGGGAAUCACCUCCCUCCACACAUCCUGUUCUGUAAUCUGCAGAAAAAGUAUGGCAGCCUCUACUCCUUUAAGAUGGGUUCCCACUAUGUAGUCAUUGUGAAUAACCAUGUGGACGCCCGGGAGGUUUUGCUGAAGAAGGGAAAAACGUUUGCUGGAAGACCCCGCACUGUCACAACCGAUAUAUUGACAAGAGAUGGAAAAGAUAUUGCUUUUGCCGACUACAGCCCCACUUGGAAGUUUCACCGCAAAUUGGUGCACUCCGCUCUCUGCAUGUUUGGUGAAGGGACCUUCGCCAUUGAGCAGAUCAUUUCUCGUGAAGCCUCCUCUAUGUGCCAAACCCUUACCACUUUCCAGACCUCACCAUUGGACAUGGCUCCAGAAUUGGCACGGGCUGUCACCAACGUAGUUUGUUCAUUGUGUUUCAACACAAGAUAUAGCAGAGGUGAUGAAGAGUUUCAGACCAUGCUAAGAUACAGCAAAGGCAUUGUGGACACUGUGGCAAAGGACAGCUUGGUUGACAUAUUUCCCUGGCUUCAGAUAUUCCCAAACAAGGACCUCGAUUUAUUGAAAGAGUCAGUAACAACCCGGGAUCAGCUGCUCCUGAAGAAACUGAAAGAGCAUGAGGAGGCAUUUUGCAGUGAAACGGUCAAUGACCUAUUAGACGCUCUUCUGAAAGCCAAACUCAGCAUGGAAAAUAACAACAGCAAUAUCUCCAAUGAUGUGGGCCUGACAGAGGAUCACAUCCUGAUGACCGUUGGGGAUAUAUUUGGAGCAGGAGUAGAGACAACAUGUACAGUGAUGAAAUGGGCAAUUGCAUAUUUAUUACACUACCCAGAGGUACAGAAGAAAAUCCAGGAGGAAAUGGAUGUGAAGGUGGGAUUUGGGAGAUGUCCACUACUAAGCGACAGAAAAAUCUUACACUAUUUGGAGGCCACCAUAGCUGAAGUUCUAAGGAUUCGUCCUGUCUCCCCUCUACUGAUUCCUCAUGUAGCUAUGAAAGAUACCAGCAUUGGAGAAUACACCAUACCUAAAGACACCCGGGUGGUUGUAAAUCUGUGGUCCAUGCAUCACGACGAGAAGGAAUGGGUGCGCCCUGGAGACUUUAAUCCAGAUCGCUUCAUAGAUGAAAAUGGACACCGUAUGUAUUCGCCAAGCCAAAGUUACCUACCAUUUGGUGCAGGCAUUCGAGUAUGCCUUGGAGAAGCCCUGGCCAAGAUGGAAGUCUUUCUUUUUCUCUCCUGGAUCUUGCAAAGGUUCACUCUGGAGAUCCCUGAGGGAGAUUCUUUGCCAGACCUGGAGGGGAAGUUUGGGGUUGUGCUUCAGGUGAAACCAUUCAAGGUGACAGCAAAGCUGAGAGAUGUCUGGAAGGACAUUGACAUCACUACAUAAACCAUGCACACUGCAAUACGUGGGGAUCUCAGAGUACUUAAGAGUAAUAUAUUAGUCAGGCCAUGUGCGGGUUAAUCUGUUUUUACUAUGUAGUACCACAAUAGUCUCUCACUGUCAUGUC